AUGGUUCCCCGCCGACGAUUUAGCCGCCGAUUCAUCGCUAUCGCCGCUCUCAUCGUCCUCUUCUUCCUCUACAACCUCUUCUCGUUCAAUUCACAUUCAAUCCGAUCCCAAUCGCCCAGUAAUACUCAAUAUGACUCUACCACUGGUGAACCUGCACCUUUAUGUCCCCCAUUACCGGGUGUCGAUGACAUCCUGGUCGUAAUGAAGACAGGUGUCACCGAAUCGCGCGAAAAAGUCCCCAUCCACUUCUCAACUACCCUACGCUGCAUCCCACACUACGUUAUCUAUUCAGACUUUGAAGAAGAAAUUCAAGGUGUUCAGAUCCACGAUGCGCUACGAACAAUGGAUACCGGUGUCACAGAGCGCGUUCCGGAUUUCGACUUAUACAAUCGAUUGAAAGUUCUCGGGAGAGAGGGACUCGAACAAGAUGAUUUCGCUGAUGAGGCGAAUUCUGCGAUCGGGAAACCAAAUAACCCAGGUUGGAAAUUGGAUAAAUGGAAAUUCUUGCCCAUGGCGCAGGAGGCUUUGAGAUAUAAGCCUGAUGCGAAGUGGUUUGUCUUUAUGGAGGCGGAUACCUAUAUUUCAUGGCCGACGCUUUUGAGCUGGUUGGUGCGGUUUGAUUCUACGAAACCUCAAUAUCUGGGUACGGAGACACAGAUUGCGGAGACCAUUUUUGCGCACGGAGGUUCGGGAUUUAUGCUUUCGAACCCGGCGUUGAAACUUGCGUCUGAGCAGUAUGAUGCCAGGAGAGCGGAGUUGGAUGAGUAUACCGAUAUGCAUUGGGCUGGAGAUUGUGUAUUGGGUAAGGUCCUUGCUGAUGCGGGUGUGGAUUUGCAUUUCUCGUGGCCGAUCUUGCAGAAUUCGAAUCUCGGAGAGUUGGAUGAAUUUACGAAGGAGUUGUAUCGUCUACCGUGGUGUUUUAUUGCUGUUGCUUUUCACCAUCUCUCAUCGAGUGAUAUUGAGAAUUUAUGGAAGUUUGAACAGAAACGAUGGCAUGAGAAAAAUAAACGUAUCUUGCUUCAUAGCGAUGUCUUCCGUGAAUGGCUCUAUCCCGCCAUGUCUACUCAACCAACAAAACUAAACUGGGAUAACCUCGCCGACGAGGAACAACUCCAAGCGACAACCUUCGAUGACUGUCGUGAUGCUUGCACCGCCCAGAAAACCUGCGUGCAGUUCGCUUUCCGUGAUGGUGUCUGCUUCACGGGCUCGAGGCCUCGACUCGGAAAUCCGCGCUUGACCGGUUAUUCGGUUUCCGGGUGGGUUAUGGACCGGGUUCGCCAUAUGAUGGAUAAGAGUGGAUUAUGUCCUGGUCCUGACUAUGGAGACUGA